AUGGUUUCGGAAUAUUACAAAGAUUUUAAAAUUCAAGAGACUUCUAUCAUUCAAAAUUAUGAAAUAAUUGCACUCUUUUAUUUAACAAUUCCUAACGAAAAAAAUUUAAAUGUAUAUUUUCAACUUAUCGAUGAUACUCCUGUUGAAUUUUACUCAUAUUUGUACGAUAGCGAAUUUUCUAUCAAAGCAGAGUAUGCAAAGAUUAUUAGUUAUUCGAAAAAUAGAUUUGUGAAGUUUCAAAAUAUUACUUUUUUCAACCGUUACGAGAAAACUAUUGAAGCCGAUAAAAUAGAAUAUAUAAUGUAUUAUCCGGAUGGAUUUUUUUAUUGGGAUUACAUUGAAAAGAGUUUUUAUCGUGAAUCUGCAACAUAUAUUAAAUAUUUUAUUUUAACAAAUACUUAUACGUUUGUUGAUUCUAAAAGCACACAUUCUCUUGAGAGUUUAAUAGUUUUUUAA